UUCUGCUGCGCGCCAGGCCUGCCUUGCGGGCACAUCUGCGAGCCUGCAGCCUUUAUGACUGCUAGUGUGACCUCGGGCAAGGCUGGCUUCCCUCACAGAUACUGCGGGUGGCGAGGCACGCUGAGCUCCUCAGUACUAACAUCCCGAGGCCCGAGAGGGGGCUGGGAGGGUCCUUAAAGCAGCCCCCCGCCUCCCUGCUACCCACAGCUGUUGGCCAUGAACUCCUCUGGAAGAAAGAGGCUGGAAGCUCCAGGGCCCCGGGGUAGAAGGGCUCCCAGACCCCGGGAACAGGACCGAGAUGUGCAGCUGUCUAAGGCUUUGUCCUACGCCCUGCGCCAUGGGGCCUUGAAGCUGGGGCUUCCCAUGGGGCCUGAUGGCUUCGUGCCGCUGGACACCCUCCUGCAGCUAACACAGUUCCGUGGCUUCUCGGUUGAAGAUGUGCAGCGCGUGGUAGACACCAAUGGGAAGCAGCGCUUCGCCCUGCAGCCAGGGGACCCCAAGAGUGGUCCUCUCAUCCGGGCCAAUCAGGGCCACUCACUGCAGGUGCGGCUCAGGCGCCACGUACCAGAGUUAGAGCUAACGCCUCUGGAGACACCGCAGACCCUGCCCCAGGUGCUGGUCCAUGGAACUUUCUGGAAGCACUGGCCAUCCAUCCUGCUGCAAGGGCUGUCCUGCCGGGGAAGGACACACAUCCACCUGGCCUCAGGAUUGCCUGGGGACCCCGGUGUUGUCAGUGGCAUGCGGCUCAGCUGUGAAGUGGCUGUGUUUAUUGACGGUCCCCGAGCUCUGGCAGACGGGAUCCGAUUCUUCCGCUCCGCCAAUGGUGUGAUCCUGACGCCGGGCAACGCCAAUGGCUUCCUGCUUCCCAAGUACUUCAAGGAGGCGUGGCAGCUCCGCCCCACCCGAAAGCCCCUCUCCUUGGCUGGGGACACAGACCCCACACCCUCCGCAACAGCCCCAGAGUAAGAAGGGUGACCAGGUGGACAACAAUACUGACAA